UGAACUUUAUAUUAUACAACGUUCACUCCAAAGGGUUAAGUUAUGUCCCUUUUUCUCUCUAGAACCUUCUGAUGACUUUGCAGACCAGUCAACAAUUCAGCACAAAGACAUCCGGAGUCACGCUAGUGUGUUGUGACAGAAUCACAGGACUAUGUGGGAUUCGUCCCAUUCUGAAAAUGCCACGAACAGCAGAGGCAAAUGAAAGCAAAUGUCAGAGCCAGCACAGCCUGAGAGAGACCUGAAACUCAGACUCCACAAUCUAUAGGGACAGUUUUCUGCUGUGGCACUGAGCGGCGGUGGUAGAUGGAAAAUGACAGCAAGUCUUCUAAGAACGACCCUUGCUUUGCUCUUCCUUGGCCUCUUCGGGGUCCUGGAAGCGACAAUAUCAUGCAGAAAUGAAGAAGGUGAUGCUGUGGAUUGGUUUACCUUUUAUAAAUUACCUAAAAGGCAAAAUGAGGAAAGUAGAAGGACUGGGUUAGAGUACCUGUACCUGGACUCUACAACCAGAAGCUGGAGGAAGAGCAAGCAGCUAAUGAACAGCACCAGGAGCGUUUUGGGAAGGACAUUAGAACAGCUGUAUGAAGCCUAUGCCUCCAAGAGCCCCUCCACAUUGCACCCCAAAGGCACCUCUGCCCUCAUUACCACAUUUGCUGCAGGCUUAACGAAGAACUGUCAGAGGUCUCCAGAGAAGGAUGCAAAUGCCAAUGGUAGCUAUGGUCAACUGUGGAAAAUGAGGAAUAACAACACCGCCUAUCUAAUGUACAAUGACGGAGUCCCUAAAUCUGAGAAUUACAGCAGAAAAUAUGGACACUCCAAAGGUUUACUGCUGUGGAACAGAGUCCAGGGGUUCUGGCUGAUUCAUUCUAUUCCCCAGUUUCCUCCAAUCCCUGAAGAAGGCUAUGAUUAUCCACCCACAGGGAGACGAAAUGGACAAACUGGCAUCUGUGUAACUUUCAAGUAUAACCAGUAUGAAGCCAUAGACUCUCAGCUCUUGAUCUGCAACCCAAACAUUUAUAGCUGUUCCAUCCCGGCUACGUUUCAGCAGGAGCUUGUUCACAUGCCCCAGCUGUGUGCCAGGUCCAGCUCUUCAGAGACCCCUGCCCGGCACCUGGCCACACUUAAGUCAGCCCAGGGACAAAACUUCCUCCAUUUUGCAAAGUCUGAUUCUUUUAUUGACGACAUUUUUGCAGCCUGGAUGGCUCAACAGUUGAAGACACACUUGCUUACCGAAACCUGGCAGCGAAAGAGACAAGAGCUUCCUUCAAACUGCUCCCUUCCUUACCAUGUCUACAAUGUCAAAGCAAUUAAGAUAUCUGGACAAUCUUAUUUCAGUUCUUAUCAGGAUCAUGCUAAGUGGUGUAUUUCCCAAAAGGGCACCAAAAAUCGCUGGACAUGUAUUGGAGACCUAAAUCGCAGCCCAUAUCAAGCCUUCAGAAGUGGAGGAUUCAUUUGUACCCAGAAUCAGCAUAUUUACCAAGCAUUUCAAGGUUUAGUUUUGUAUUAUGAGAACUGUAACUAAACUUGAUGAAUGGACAUAUGUACUAUUAAUUUCAACAUUGACAAUGGAUCUUCUCCCAUUAGAUUCCUUCUGUAUAUAUUAAAGCCUGUGAAUGUACUUAAAAAUCCA